CUGUGCGGGAGGCGUGCGCCUGCGCGUUGGCUCCGGCGGGGCCGCCUGACCCUAACAAGCAAGAUGGCGCCGUAGGUGGCAGAGCGAUGUCGUUUCUGAGGCUCUUUUCUUCACAGAGUUCCCGUCCCGCUACUUUGCGGGAACUGCUGCUCAUCUCUUCGGUUUGUCACCGUUGUCUGCAGCUCAAGAGAUACUCCGCUAGGAGCUCAGAGCUGCCUUGGGGUUUCUUCGGAAGAAAUUACUCUUCUAUUAUCCCUAAGAAAGAUGUUGGAAAGGAUCAAACCUGUGAGAAAGCACGUUUGUUACAGGUUCUCGAAGCUCGAAUGCAACAGCUUCAGGCAGAUAACAUCACUGAAGUGAAAUGUACAGAGGUGCAGUUUGUGAACCGACUAAAUGUAACUCAUGAUGAAAGUCACAAUGAUGCAAAUAAUCUUACUUUUCUGCCAGAUCAAGAAUUUAAUAAAUCUCUUAACGUGAACACGGACACACUUGUAAAAGAAAAAGUAGCCAGAGAACAGAUGGGAAAAACAUGUCACAUCAAACCAGUAAUUCCAAAAACUACCUCAACUCCAAGCAAAUGGAUAGAAAAACUAAACAAAGAAAAACGUAACAAAACCAGGAGACAGCUUAAUAUUGUGAAAAAAAUGAAAGAAUCGAAAGAGUCUCUACCACUGUCAAGCACUAGGUGUGUUACUGAUGUUAAAACCACUGCAAAAGGUAGAAAAAGUACAUCAAAAGACAAUGUUGUAAAGACACCAAUGACACAUAGAGCCAGACAUUCAGUAAUGAAUAAUCCAGAAGCAAAGUCCAAUGCAUUACAUGACUUUUCUGUGGAAGCUGUUCUUGCUGAAGUGGAAAACCUCGACCAACAGCUUAAUAAUUGGGAGCCUUCUGCUAAACUGCUUGAAGAUGAAGAAGGCAAUAAAUAUGGUGACACUCAGCGAAAUAUUUUAAGCUAUGUUGAGGCAUGCGCGUUCAUUAAUGAUCUGGACAGAGCUCAUCAAUGUGUCAUGUUUCAUCAUCGGAUUCUUACUCGCCGGAAGCAGUUGAAUAUUAAGAUUUACAGUGUUUUAAUGCAUCUGUGGGCUAAAAAGGGUUCAUUAAGUCAAAUUGGCAACCUGUUCAGUCUGGUGGAAGAAGCAGGGUUGAAGCCAAGUUUGGGAUGCUAUGUGGCAGCAUUGGAAUGUAUGGGGCGCAUGAAAAACUGCUCCCCCUGUGUGAUUGAGAGGUUCCACAACAUUGGAGUGGGAGAAAUCAAUCCUCAAUCCCAAGACAUUGCCUGGGAAGAAAAAGAGGGGAGAUGCCUUCAGCAGUUAAAGGAAGAUGGCUUCACAAUACAAGACGUGUUUAAGAAUUGUGUGUUCCAGAAAGAUGAAAGGGAGAUGGUAUUGAAAGCCAUUUGUGCUGUAGAUCCUGAAUUCCAGCUCCAACCUGAACCCGAAGUGGAGAUUUGCCAAUCGCCUUUAGUGAAGCGCUUUUAUUCAAAGGCUGAGCCUAUCAAAUAUCCCAAAUUGCAUCUGUGUGUGGAAGAACUGAAGGAGAGAUUUGAUCGACAACUAAGCGGGGAGCAAGCAGAUACCAUUUCUAUUAAUUCUGUUGAAGCAACAAAACCCAUUACAGAGAAGAUGAAAAAAGUGCGCAACCGUCUGGCAGAUUUACGUGCCAAGUGGAAAAAAUCUCUACUGCAGGCAUUUCGUGAGUGCAAGUUUCACUUGGCUGGUGAUCGAAGUUGUUCCUGGAAAAUGAAUCUCUAUCCUUAUCUCUGCCUGCUGGAUGAUAAGGAAUAUGUAGAUAUUAUGGUACAGUGUAUUGCAAAUAUCCCGCCGAAUGGUGAAGCAUUACUGACAAUUGCUAGGGAAUUGGGUAACAGAGUCUACAACAAGUAUUCCAUACGAAAGAAGAUCAAAAAUGAAAUGGUAGAUAAGAUUAAAGAAAUUUACUAUGCCUACAUUGAACUGUUGGCAAAGGAUACAGAGUUGAACAACUUCCUGCCUCGCGAGUACACGAUGAAACUAGAAAAAGAGAUGAAUUUAGGUCUUUCGCUUUUAAGUGAAGAUUCUCCCUGGCCACAUUUUCUGAUUGUACAUUUGGGAACUCAUCUAGUGGAUAUAAUGGUUCGUGAAAUUAAAAUCCCCGUAAACACCCAAAGCCCGAGUCACGAGAAGAAACUUAUCCCAGUCUUGUAUCACAUGUACAGCUUUCGUAGUAACAAGCAGAUUGGAUUCAUCAAGCCACAUCCUAUUCUAACUGAGCUCCUUUCAGAAGCUGCUGAGACAACUUUAAUCUUUGACUCCUGUGUCAUGCCAAUGGUCUGUGCUCCUGUCCCGUGGACUUCGCCUCGGUUUGGAGCCUAUGUUCUGGCACCCACCAAAUUAAUGCGUUGCGUGGAAGGGGCUCUACAACAUCAGUUACUCUUGGAGAAAUGCAAGAGUAGUGACUUGCAUCCAGUGCUGGAUUCUUUAAAUCAACUUGGUAACUGUGCUUGGAAGGUUAACAAACCAAUGCUUGAUUUAAUUAUUUCUAUUUUUAAUGAUAAAGGAAGCGAGAAGCUGGAGAUUCCACCUCCACUUUCAGAAGCACCACACAUGCCCAAGCAUGACCCAAAAGCUGACAUUAGUCCAGCAGCCAAGUCUGUAUUGAAAAAGAAGAUAGCUUGGGUCAGGAAAAGGGCAGCUGAAAUGCACAGUCUUCGAAUGGAUGCCCUUUACAAGCUUUCCAUUGCCAACCAUGUCAGAGAUGACAUAUUCUGGUUUCCUCACAACAUGGAUUUUCGAGGAAGGACAUACCCCUGCCCACCAUAUUUUAACCACCUGGGCAGUGAUGUCACUCGAGCAGUAUUAUUAUUUGCAGAAGGAAAGCCCUUGGGAGAACGUGGAUUAAAUUGGUUGAAAGUUCAUCUCGUUAACUUAACUGGCUUUAAGAAAAAGUGUUCCCUGAAAGAGAGAAUUGAUUAUGCUGACAAAGUAAUGGACAACAUCUUGGAUUCAGCAGAUAAUCCUUUAACAGGGAGGAAGUGGUGGAUGAAUGCAGACGAGCCUUGGCAGACAUUGGCCUGCUGCAAAGAGAUAGCACAUGCUAUUAGAUCACCUGAUCCAACUAAGUACAUUUCUUAUUUCCCAGUCCAUCAGGAUGGCUCUUGUAAUGGUUUGCAACACUAUGCUGCUCUAGGACGUGAUGUGAUUGGUGCAACCUCUGUGAACUUAAUGCCCUGUGACGUACCGCAGGAUGUUUACAGUGGGGUAGCACAACAGGUUGAAGAGUUUAGAAAAAGAGAUGCUGAAAAAGGUGUAAAAAUUGCUCAAAUCUUGGAAGGCUUCAUUAAUCGGAAGGUUGUGAAACAGACGGUGAUGACUGUGGUGUAUGGUGUGACACGAUUUGGUGGGCGUCUCCAAAUUGAAAAAAGAUUGAAAGAAGUUGAGGAUUUUCCAAAGGACCAUGUGUGGGAUGCUUCUCAUUACUUGGUGCAGCAGGUCUUCAGCAGCUUGACAGAAAUGUUUACUGGAACCAGGGAAAUUCAGGACUGGCUGACACAAAGUGCGCGAUUGAUUUCAAAAUCAGGAAGUUCAGUGGAGUGGGUGACGCCACUUGGGCUACCAAUUGUACAGCCAUACCACAGGACCAGGACUACAUUACUCAGAAGCAAUCUUCAAAAUUUAAAUUUGCAAAUAAGUCAUGAUGCAACUCAACGACCUGACACAGUCAAACAGAAGAAUGCUUUUCCUCCAAAUUUCAUUCAUUCUCUCGAUUCAACACACAUGAUGCUAACAGCAUUGUACUGUUAUAGUGCUGGGGUAACAUUUGUUUCUGUCCAUGACUGCUUCUGGACACAUGCUUUCACAGUAGAUGUCAUGAACAAGGUUUGCCGUGAGCAGUUUGUUGCCCUGCACAGCCAGCCUAUUCUUCAAAAUCUUUCCAAAUUCCUGGUCAACAAAUACCGCUACAACAUUCCUGUUGAUCGAAAAAGCAAAAAGCUUCAGGACUACCAAAGAAUGAUGGAGCUACUUUCUAAAGAACUGAAGACAGGUGAAUUUGAUCUAGAGAAGGUUAAAGAAUCCACUUAUUUCUUCAGCUGAAGAUAUCAGAAUGAUGGGAUGAUCAUCUACAAGUAUCUGCCCUUUAAAAUACAGAAAAGUCCUCUAACCAAAAGCAAAGUACUGCAAAUACUGGAGAUCUGAAAUAAGAACAAUGUGCUGCAGAAAACCAGCAAGUUUGGCAGCAUCUGGGGAGAGAGAACAAGUGUUAUAUUUCUAGUCCUCUUCAGAUAUCUUUCCGUUGGUUCAUUGGAUACAUGAAAGGCCUAAGCUGGGAAAGGAAUUUGUUGUUUCAGUGAAAUAGCUGAAGAGUUUUUUUUGUACAAUUGGCUUAUGUAAAUCUUUCCCAUUUACGAUAGAUUCAAUGAAAACUUGAAUUAUCACCAUUGAUAAAAUAAUACCACCUGGAGGAAUUAAGUGAAAUCUCAUGCCUGAUAAGUAUAUGGUGGAGAAAGCCAAAAAAAAUGUUUUUGCACAAUUCCUAUUUCAGCUAUUUGUCAUCCUUACAUUGGGGUUUACAGAAACCCAGUUCUGCAAAUGUUUGUUCUUAAGGGCACAGGACACAUCUCCGUGCAGGAUGAUAAGUGAAAAAUGAGGUCAUAGCAUCAUGAAUUGAUGAAUUGCAGCCUCACUUAUAUCCCCAUUGUUGCUUCCCACUAAAUGCAAAUCCCAUCUCAAUUUUUAAAUUUGAGAAAUUUCAGUAUAAACAUUUCCAAGAAGUAAAAUGUUUCAAAUUAAUUUUCAAUCCAAUUUUUGCAUUUUUUUUGGGCCAAUUUUAACACAUGCCAGUUACUAAGAACUUCAGUAACAUUGUAUUUUGCUAACCUAAUGAAUAAAAAGUGAUAGAAUCCGUAAAUGAAAGGAAUACUCUACAACAGAUAAAUGGGAAUUGGGAGGGAGUUGUAUCCCACUUUCUAGCUUGCUGUCUCUCCCUAUUUAAGGAAAACUGUCCUUUGUUUUGAAACCUCCUUGCACUAGUGUCUUAUGAUAUGUUGAUGAAAAUCCCAGGAUUUAUCUUGGUUGAAGAAUACUACUGCAGCUUUCAUUGCUUUGUAAAUUUAGUAAAAAGGGAUUGUGACCCCCCUGCCAAUGUCUCUGAGGGGAAUCAUUGAAUUUCGUAUUACUUGUUAGUGAACAAUUCACCUUGUUAAACUGCAUCGGGUUUCUGAUUACAGAAAAUUUGAUAUGAUUGUAUUUUUUUAUAAUAAAUUAUUGGAACUGAAAAAA